CUCGUUCAACCAUUUGGUGGUUCAACGACAAACCAAAACUGAYGACAAAAUUGAUGGAUUUUAUGAUAGUUUUGCUAACGAAAUUUCCUUAAGAAGUGACACAAGACAAAGGUACUCCGGCGUUUCCGGUUUGCGGGAGCAGAAAAUUUUCACAUCGCCAUGCAGGGAGCUUUCUCCCUUGUCCUUUUCUACUUGAUUGCCUUCACACAUGCUUCAAUAGUAGAAGAUGGUAGUCCCGUGACUGUACCAGAAAAUCCAGACUAUUACCCAGACCCAAAAACGUUUGGUCGACCACAAGACCCAGCUUUUACUCAGUAUCAACGCCCUGGGUUUAAUCCAUCUCAGGCCUUCGCGGCUAGCAGGCCCCAGGCUUACGCAAACAAUAGACCUCAGCCAUAUGCACCGGUCGAUAGGCCUCAGGCGCCAACCUAUGACCGGCUGCAAGCCAGACAGUAUGAUCAGCCCCAGGUCUCUGCAUAUGCUCGACCGGAAGCUUCAGCGUUCAAUCGUUUCCAGCCUACCGCGAAUGACGCGGUAAGACUCGCUGAUUAUGAACAGAGGUAUUAUAAGUACGCACAAGAAGAGAGAGAUCGUUAUGCUAAGAAAUUGGCUGAUUAUAACGAGCGUAAAGACGAGGCUGAUGCAAAAGCAACUGCUACUUACGCCCCUACAAAACCCCCAGCACCACCAACACCAAGAACCUUUUGUCCAGGAAACUGCCCUAAAUGGUGCUUACCAGGAUGCGAUGAGGUGUGUUGCAAUCCCAAGCCUCCGCCAAUGCCUGAAUAUCUAAAACGGCAGCAACUGACCGCGACGGCCUGUGAAGGACACAAGCUUAAGAUGAAGUGCCCAAACCGGUCAGACAAGAUUAUCAUGUAUAGUACUUUCUAUGGGCGGGAAAAGGAUGCUAACACCACGUGUCAUCAUAACGUACUUCCUUCUAAAGGAACGUGUAAUGAUCAAGAGCAUCAUGUGAAUGAAAAGGUAUUCAACCUCUGUGGACAUGAAAAUCAAUGCGAAGUUGCAGUAAAUAACAAGUUUUUAGCAAAAGACAACACAACAAUUUGCCCAGGAGUCUAUAAAUACUUGAAGGUUAUUUAUAAGUGUCACCAGAAUCCCAAGAUAUUUAAGAUUUGCCCAUUACCAUGCAAGAACCCGCCAAAAUGUUUUCCUGAUUGCUCCACUUCUUGUUGUUCACCGACCCCUAAACCAAAGGUUACUAAAACAAACGUCCCAACACCACUUCCUCCGGCGGAAACCUGCCCAGCACCUUGUCCUUCCACCUGCAAACCGCCCUGCACACCACAGUGUUGCUAUAAAGGUUUAAGUCGAGAGGAGAUUAGAGCCUAUUUGUACGGUAACAAACCAGGACAAAAGCCUUUAGAGCCUGCACUAGCGGAUGAACCUAACAUGUACGACUCCCAGACCCCUAAUUACAACCCUCAGUCUGGUUACUAUAACAACCCCUAUGCAGCUUAUCAAGCACCACAGAAUCCCCUUAACGAUUAUAACGACCAACGAUCAAGUUGCCCAGCGGCCUGUAGCCAGACAUGCGCUAUGAAUUGCCCACCAGAAUGCUGUUCGGUCACACCAAGACAGCAAUAUGGACAACAGGCUAUGAAUUAUUAUGGUUAGAUUAGUGGGUGUUAUAAGACAGAUGCAUCAUGGUAUAUAUGACGUAACUGAUCUUAGUGGAUAGAGAGGGCCUGGACGCCAGGUGCCUGUAAAAGUUUCCUACAAAGUCUUCCUGAGACUGCAUUUUUAGUGGGAUAUUCCUAUAGUUUACAGUUCCUGGUAUUGGUGGUAUAACCUGACUAGGAAAACCUGAUUUUGAGCAUUUAUUAAUCGAUUAUAAUGAUUUGGAAAUGUUGAUUAAGAUGGUACGUAAGGGGUUAAAGAAAUAGUGACAGUUAAACCAGAUAGUGACGACUGAAGAGGGAAAGAUUGAUCUAGAAGGUUUACUGAGAAAAAAUCAGAAUAUGUUUUCGACAUCAAGUUCUUGUGAGCCAUAUCAGUGCUUAGUACGUCUUUUUGCUUAAACAGAUGAGUGUAUUUAUAAGGUAGUGCUUAAAAAGCUGAUAUCUACUGCAUAACGUUUGCCUACGGCUGAAACACACUUGCAUGGCAGUAUACUUUGUGUGCACAACUUGCGUUUACGUAAGUAUAUGCAUUUACGUUGGACAAAACUGACGUUUUCUUUAAUACGCAUAUCAAAGUCCAGACAAUCAUGAGAUCUAAAGUUACCACUUGAUUUGGGCACGUAUUGAUUUGGACCGUGUUGCUAGCGUGUAUGGUGUCUGACGGGCAGUGGUUGGCAAACUUUAUGGAGUUUAUAUUGGUGCCAAACUAUGACAAGGCUCAUUCGCGCGCGUCACAUAUUUCACUGUAAAUAGUAACUCAUGUAUUACAAUAAAUAUAUACACCUUUUAUUCAA